CAUCACAUUCUCACUUCAUUCGCAUUUAACACUGCGUUUUAAUUCUUUCUUUUUUUUCCGCUGCAAUUAAAAAGCCCUGAUUUUGUGUUGCAUUCGAAAACACCUUCGUUUUUUACCCUUCGCCAUUGCUUGUGGGGUCAAUCAAUGGCGAGUGCCGCGGGAGUGAGGAGGUCGACCACGUCGUCUCUGGCGAAGCGCCACGCUUCUGCCUCCGAGAGUAUUGGGAAGGCCACGUCGUCGGCCGCCGCCACCAAGAAGCGUCCGGCGCUUGCAAACGUCACUAACCAGAGGCAUGGAUCCGGUUCUUUCAAUUCGGGCCGGGUUUCUGCGCCCGAAUCCUCCAAAAUUGUGCCAUGUACCACCAAAAUCGUGAGCAUAAAGAAGGGUUCUUCGAUUUCCUCAAAUGCAAGCUUCUCUGGAGCUUUUCUGCCAGCAGCAACCACUUCUAUGAAACAGAACACGGUUGCUGCGGGUAGAUCUUCGUCUUUAACGAAGAGCGAUGUAGCCAUUCCUAAGGCUGUUGUUGCUGAUUCCAUUUCAUACAGUAUGAAUUUGUCUCCAGACAAAUCAGACUCAUUAUCCGUUUCAAUGGAUGAAUCCAUGUCCACUUGUGAUUCUCUGAAAAGCCCCGAUGUCGAGUAUGUGGAUAAUAAUGAUCUUGCUGCAGUGGAUUCCAUUGAGAGAAGGGCUUCAAACAUGCUUUGCAUCCCAGAACCCAUGGAUAUUGAAGGGGGUAUAUGCAAGCGAGAUGCAGUAGCAGCAAUGGAAGCAGGUGACAAGAUUGUCGAGGUGGACGAUGAUCUGGAAGACCCACAGCUCUGUGCAACCAUUGCUUGUGAUAUAUACAAGCACUUGAGAGCAUCUGAGGCAAAGAAAAGGCCUUCUGCUAGCUUCAUGGAGAGGGUGCAGAAGGAUAUCAAUGCCAGCAUGCGAGCAAUUCUCAUUGAUUGGCUUAUUGAGGUAGCUGAGGAAUACAGACUUGUUCCUGACACUUUGUACCUGGCUGUUAACUACAUAGAUCGUUAUCUCUCCGGAAAUGUCAUGGACAGACAAAGAUUACAACUUCUUGGUGUAGCUUGCAUGAUGAUUGCGUCAAAAUAUGAAGAGAUUUGUGCACCUCAGGUGGAGGAGUUCUGCUAUAUAACAGAUAACACAUAUGUUAAGGAAGAGGUUCUGCAAAUGGAAUCUGCAGUUUUGAAUUACUUGAAAUUUGAAAUGACAGCGCCAACGGCUAAAUGUUUCUUGAGGAGGUUCGUUCGGGCUGCACAAGGGGUGAAUGAGGCUCCAUUGAUGCAAUUGGAGUGCAUGGCCAACUACGUCGCGGAGCUAUCUCUAUUGGAGUACAGUAUGUUGAGUUUUGCCCCGUCAUUGAUAGCAGCUUCAUCAAUCUUCUUGGCAAGAUACAUUCUCCUCCCUUCUAAGAGGCCUUGGGUAUGUCAGAUUUCUGAGAAAUGCAGACAUGCUUCAAGUUAUAUGUGUCGCGCCUCUCCUAAUUCGUGUUUGUAUCAAUGCAGAAUGCCACCUUGCAGCAUUACACCCUCUACCAACCCUCUGAGUUGCGCGAUUGUGUGUUGGCGCUACACGGUUUUUGCUGCAACAGUAACAAUUCAAGCCUGCCUGCAAUCAGGGAGAAGUACAGCCAGCAUAAGUACAAAUUUGUUGCAAAGAAAUACUGCCCUCCAUCAAUACCAACAGAAUAUUUCAACGAUGUAAGCAGCAGCUAGCUAGUCUCGGUUGCAACACUUCCAAUGCUCUCUAUUGGAUGGGAUGUCAGCUCAUUGCAGUAGUGUAACUCAGUUCUAGCCUAACAUCGUCGAUCACUUCAUGUAUAGAUGAGAUCUUUUCAGAUUUUUCAAUGUUGUUAUGAUCUUAUUUCGAUAUUGGGUCUUUUUUAUACAACAUUGAGUUCUAGCGAAAACAACAUUGAGGGCUAUUGCAUUAUUUAUCAUACACAUAUGUAUUACACCAACUAACAAGCAAAACAUAGUUGAAAAUUACUUAGCAGCACAUUGCCUCUUAGAUGCGAGGGUAGGGGGAAUGUUAAGCCAGUGGCAAUCCUCAAACAAACACUUGGAUCCACCAUAAGGCCACUCCACGUUUGUAGUAGGGCUAAUGUAUUUGGGGCUCCAAGUUGGGGUGCCAUCCUCGUACGAGUUGUGGGUCAAUCUCUGGAGCCCCGACCCAUCGGAGUUUAUCACAAAGAUCUCACCGUAGGGCUGGUAAUGGUGCGGGUUUGAAAUGGGUUCGGCCGAGACUCCUGCAUAGUCUGUGGUGAACACAAUAUGCUUCCCGUCCGGACUGAACCACGGGUGGUUGGUUCGCCCGCCUGACCCGCUUUGGAUCACCUUUUGGAGCCCCGUACCGUUGGGAUGGAUCUUGAACAUCUCGAAGCUACCCGCACCCGGGUCCUCCCGAUCCGAGGCGAACACGAUCCAUUCACCAUCGGGCGACCAAUUGCCCAUCGUAUCGGACCAAGGCCCCUCGGUUAGCCUAUAGAGCCCGCCUUCUUCUCCAUCGAACGCGUCCAUUAUGUAUAAAUUCUUGUGUCCACUUCGCCCUGAUCUGAACACGACCCAUUUCCCGUCAGGCGAGGGGGAAGGGAAUGCAUUAUUUGCACCUCCCUUGGUUAGUGUUUUGUAAUUAUGACUUAGAUCUUCAUCAUCCACGUUUAUUGAGACUAUGUCAACCUUGGUGCUCUCACUAGCGAAGUCGGGUCCAGCACUGGUAUACACUACUUUUCUCUUCCAAUCCCAAGAAGUUGCGAAGGCGUAUAAGUUGGAUACUUCCCGGAUACCCGACCCGUCUCUGUUCAUCACGUACACUCCCGGGAAUUUCACGUAGGCGACUCGUUGGCCAUCCGGGGAGUACGAUGGGAACGACCCGUCAACCCGGGAUAAGGAAACGCCCGGUAAUGGGCUCCGAACAUCCUCUAAUACUAAAUCAUUGCCAUUUUCAUUCCCAUAGCUGGUUUCACCCCGACAUCGGUGGUACCCGAUCCAACCGGAAUCGGGGGAUACAAACGGGUUAAAAUGAUGGGUAUUGGGUGAGAUGGGUCGGGUCAAGUCAUAAAACUUGUUAGAAACGAGGUCGUACAAUUCUAUGUGACGAUAAUCCGACCCGGGCCUUCUCGUAGCGACCGCUAUGAAGCUCUUGUUGGCAGCAGAAGCCGCAGGAGUGAAGGCGUGCAGACCCGGCGGAGUGACCCGCCGGGUCACCACCGAGUCAACGUCGAUCUCUCCGCCGAUGACGUGGAAAGACGCCACGAAAACACUCCACCAACCAUCCUCACACCUGCGGUGGAAGUAAAGAGUGGAGUCGUCGGCCCAACUCGGCCAACCGCCGUGCUCGAUGAUCCUGACCCGACCCGACCCGUCCCGCGUCGAGAACACGUAGAUGUCGGUGCCGAGCUCCUCAACGUCUCCGCUCCAGCCCUUCUCCCCGUACGACGCCACCGCCGUCAGCAACCCCGACGGAGAAACGGCGGGGCUGUAAUCGGCGAUCCCUUGCGGCGUCAGCCGCCGGGUCGACCCGGUGGUCAGCUCGGUGGAGUAGACCGCGGUCCAACUUGACCGCGGCUUGCCCGGGUCCUCGUGGGUUGAGAUGUAGAUCAAAUUAUGACCCACUAAACUCGGGCGGUCCUUCAUCGAGACCCGGCCGUUUGUCUGCUCGUCGCCAAUCAAAACGAGCUGCGAGCGAGUUGACUCGGUCGAGACCUCAAGGGCGGCUCUCGAUCCAGCUCUCGUGUGAAGCAGCACGUCGAGGUAGAUUUUGGAUGAGCCGUUGCGCUCGGUGACGUAGAUGAGUUGGGUAUUCGGGUCGGGUCGACCCGAGAGGGAUGCGGGGGGCGGGAAAUGGCCGUUGAAAUUGACGGAGUUGCCAUCAGUGAGGCGGAUUUCUUGGGGCGGGGCGGCUGCGGGGAGGGCGAAUAUGUCGAAGGCGUAGCUUGAUCUUCCGAGAGUGGUGAAGGAUAUGGAGUCGAGCGCGUGCAGGAGUGGAAACAGGGGUGAUAAUAGUAGAAAAUUGAUGACGAGGAAGCAAGAAAUGGAGAAUUUCAUUGUGAUUUGUAAUGAGUGAGUGAAGC